UGGAGUUGCACAUCCUACCCAUUCCAACAGACAUGGACACCAAGAUUGUAGUUUUCACUUGCUUUGUGGGCGCCGUGACCGCUGGAGUGCUCGCGCCGCUGCCAGCCGCUCGAUUGGAUCCAUUCCCACAAUACUCGUAUGGAUAUGACGUACAGGACGCGCUUACAGGGGAUUAUAAGGGACAUCAGGAGCACAGGAACGGAGACUUAGUCACCGGAUCGUACACGGUUGUUGACCCCGAUGGAACUAGAAGGAUAGUCGACUACGCCGCAGAUCCCCUCAAUGGAUUUAAUGCAGUAGUUCGCCGAGAACCUCUGCUGGUGACUUCCCCCGCGCGAGUGGUAGCGCCUGCUCCCGUAUUGGCACCGGCAUCAGCACCACUAGCAGCAGCACCGCUAGUCGCCCCCGCACCACUGUACUCGCGCGCGCCGGUGUUCGCUCCUGCACCAGCACCACUUUUAGCGCCUAGGCUACCUAGCCCCUAUUUCUUUUAGGUGAAAAUUACAAUUUUGUUAGUUAUAAGUUUUAUCUUUGUAAAACAUUUUUUACAAUAUUGUUAUUUAUGUUUCGUAU